CUCGGCUUCUUAUAGUUAUUACCGGCUCAUAUUCAAUUCCGGGUCUCCCGCCAGAACUUGGAAAUAUCGAAUUUCACCCUUUGUCGCGACUACAUUGAACAAAUAAAUCGAAAUGGCACAGGUUACAGUCUCCGACGAUAUUCUGGCGAAUAUCAAAGACCGGGUUGUCUUGAUUACUGGUGGGUCGUCUGGGAUUGGCAGAGCGACCGCGCAACUAUGCCUGGAUCUGGGCGCCAGAGUCGUGAUUGGAGAUCUGAAUCCUCCCAAUCCCGAGUUCAAAGACACCGAUGAAGCCCAUUACCUGGAGGUGAACGUGACCUCCUGGGAAAGCCUUCGAAACAUGUUCGAUCAAGCCGACAAGUUAUUCGGUGGCAUCGAUCACGUCUUCGCCAAUGCUGGUGUCGGUCCGACUACGGACUUCUUGGAUAUCAAUUUCAAUGAAGCCGGAGAACUCGAGCCACCGAGUCUCCGGACGAUCAAUGUCAAUCUCCUCGGCCCUCUGUACACAAUUAAUAUGGCACAGGCAUACAUGAAGCAACUUGCAAGCCGUCGUCCCAUGAAAACCGGUAGCAUCGUCCUCACAGCCUCAGCGUCCUCAUUCCAGAACUUCAGUGCUGGCGACUACACGAUCGCUAAACACGGUGUUUUAGGUAUGGUCCGCGGUCUAGUACACAAACUGGAGACAGAAGGUAUUAUCCGGCUGAACGCAGUCGCACCCUCGUGGACUCAGACGGGAAUGAUCCCCGCUGAUUACAUUCGGUCCAUGGGUGUUCCAGUUCAGUCACCCGAAGCCGUUGCUCGGAGCGUGGUGCUUCUGUUUGCCGAUGAGACUCGGCAUGGAGAAGUCAUUUACAGCUCAGAGGGAAAUUUCUGGGAGGUUAAUAAAUCCGAAGGGGGCCUUUUACAUAUGACGAAGACGUUGCUCUUUGAUGAUGAUAUUCUGGAGGGUGUGAUGCGAAAUAUGAACGAGCAGGCGGCUCAGUCAUAACCGUGUAAAGGGCAGAGGAUGGCUCCCUUUAGGUGCUGCCUCAAAUCUUGUUAUUAUAUUCGAC